CAAAACUACACCGGCCGAUCUUCUAGAGGACCUUACGGUGACUCCCUCCUGGAAUUUGAUGGAACCGUCGGCUUCCUCUUGCAGGCUUUGCAGGAUGCCGGGGUCCACAAAAAUUCGCUGGUGUUUUUCACGUCCGACAAUGGCCCCGAGACGAUGCGCGGCUCCCGGGGAGGAAGCUCCGGCUUGCUCAAAUGUGGGAAGGGGACGACUUACGAAGGGGGCAUGAGGGAGCCGGCUCUGGCUUACUGGCCAGGUCGCAUUGCGCCAGGAGUGACCCACGAACUGGCCAGUACCUUGGACAUCCUGCCCACUGUGGCCGCUCUGGCUGGGGUGCCUCUUCCCAACGUCACGCUGGAUGGAUAUGACCUGAGCCCCCUCCUCUUUGGGAAAGGAAAGAGCCCCCGUCAGACCAUGUUCUUCUACCCACCAGCUCCUGAUGAGUUGUUUGGGGUUUUUGCUGUCCGCUAUGGAAAGUACAAAGCCCACUUCUUCACCAAAGGUGCCUUCAACAGUGCUGCCACCCCUGAUCGCGCCUGCAGUGGCUUCACGGCUCUGACCGCCCAGGAGCCCCCUUUGCUCUUCGACCUCGAGACGGACCCUGCGGAGAACUACGACCUCCUGCAAGGCGGGGCCCACAAGCCCGAAAUCCUGAGGGUCCUCAAGGAGGCCCGCCUGCUGAAAGCUGCCUUCGACCAGGGCAUGGCCUUUGGGGAGAGCCAGCUGGCCUUGGGGAGUGACCGCUCGCUCCAGCCGUGCUGCAGCCCCCAGUGCACCCCCUGGCCCUCCUGCUGCCGCUGUGGCUCUUAGCCCCCCCUGCCCCUCCUUCCAUGCCCCCUCCCCCCCC